UCGCGAGUCGCGUCCGCUCAACUGAUAACGAUCCAGAGACCGAUUGCACGGUUGCUCGGACUUACUGCCAAAUCAACGGGAGACGGAGUCGAGUUCCAAUACCAGGCCAUCAGCCAUCCAUUAGCCUCACCACGUAAAUCAUGUUCGCAGUGGCCUUGACGAUGGCGGCCUUGGUGCUUGCCGGUCAGCAGGAGGUGUGCCGGGCACAGGUCUCCAUCCACACGGAUGCUAACACGAACUCCUACAGCCUGAAGACGCCCGGAGUGCAGCAGACCUUCACCCGGUACUACGGAGGAGCGCCCAAGAACCAGCAGGUGGAGCAGCCGCAGCUGCAGCAGGAGCAGCAGGAGCAGCAGGAGCAGGAGCAGUUGCAAACUCCCACGCAAUUUGGUGGAUUCUCGCCGUCGGGACAGCAGUAUCCUGCCGUGUACUCGCAGCCAGGACUCCGGGUCGGUGGUAAGCUCAAGGCCACGCCCAACUCGCUGCUGCAGCAGCAGCAGCAACAGCAGCUGCAGCAGCAACAGCAGCUCCUGGCGCAGCAGCAGCAGCAACUCCUGGCCGCCACAUCGCCGCAGGUAGCAGCUGCAUCCGGACCAGGAUUGGGCGUUGGCGGGGGCGUGGUCAACAUGCCCAGCUAUGCUGACCAGAUGCACGCCGCCUUCCUCGACUAUCAGCGCCAACGAGCCGAGUUCGAGCAGCAGCAGCAGCACCUGCUGCAGAAGCUCUACCACUACUAUCCCGAUGUAUCCGGCGGCCUACAAUCACCUGCCCAGAUUCAACCCCAAACCCAGAUAGCUGCCCCCGCCGACGUGGGAGGCGCUCCGGCAGGCAUUGCACCACAGAGCGCAGCUGGACGCUUCGCCUACCGCCGGCCGCAGUUCAGCAGCAAUGGCCUGCAGCCCGAGCGCCUUGCAUCCGGAUCCAUUGUGCCCGGAGGUCCAGUAAGAGGAGGUCCAGUUGGAGUCAUCCCGGGAGGAGUGAUCGGAUCAGCGUCUUUGCGCACCAGAGGUCUGGGAGCGGGAGCGGGAGGAGACUUCUACUCCACGCAGCAGCACAUGGGCUUCAUGCAGCAGCAGCAGCAGGACGUGCUCCGUGACCAACAGCAGUCGGUGGCCCAGCAGUUCGCCACCAGCCAGCUGGCGCCCACCACCCGCCAGAGCUAUGGGAUGGCCGUUCCCAUGUCCUCCGUGCUGGGAUCCCCCACCUACCAGCAAUCGCCGGACGUCUCUCAUGUGAGCUUCUCAAGCGGCAAUCUCAACUACAGCUUCUAAUGAUGAUGAGCUGUUAUCCCAAGGACUUUAAAAACUAGUAUUUUCAUUUUUUUUUUUCACACACCUUUUUUUUGCGUAAAUUUUCGUGGUAUUUGAUAAGAGGAAUUGUGUAGGGCAAGCAAGAAUAAAUUUUGUAAGUGAUGAUAAU